AUGGAGGUGUGGAAUAGACUUGCCAUUCCGAAGCAUAGAUUUAUUCUAUGGCUCUCCGUCCUUGAUCGAUUACAGGUGAAAGAGAGGCUUCACAGGUUCAAGAUAGCCCAAGAUGACCAAUGUGCAAUGUGUGGAAUGAGUAAGGAAACUAGAGAUCAUUUAUUCUUUGAUUGUCAUUUAAGUAAUCUCAGUUUUCUUAGCAUAAAAGAAUGGCUAGACUGGAAGGUGUCUACAACAACAAUUCCAAAAUUGUUAAGAAGGAUUGCUCGGGCAAAGCUCUCCCCUUUUAGGAAACAGGUUCUGGCAGCGGCUCUUGCAGCUACAGUAUACCAAAUCUGGCAUUGCCGGAAUGUUGCAAUAUGGAAUUAG